AUAUUAAAUAUAAAAAAGAAAGUAGGAGGUAGUUUAUUAACCAGUAUUUUAUCAAUGGGUAGAGCCUUGGCGCCAACAACUGGUAAAACACUUCGUUUAUCUACAUUAGCAGGUCUUGCUAGUAAAGGUACCAGUCAAAUGGUGAAAAAGAUCUCUGGAGGCAAUCUAAUUUUGGGUAUUGUAGGCUUUGAAAGAACUUUAGCACCAGUAUUAAAAAUUAGGAGGUUUUUUAAUCCCACAGAGUAAAAUCAAUCAGCUGAUUGCGUAUAAACACCUUCUUUCCACAAAAUAGAAGGAAGAUAUUCUUAAUGCUCUUCAAAUCGGUUCAGGUGUUCAUAUAAAACGAACCAAAACACAGCAAGGCAACGGAUUUGGGACUAUUUUAGCAUCAAUCGGUAUUCCAUUGGCUAUUGAACUGGUUAAAAAGAUAACUGGUAAGGAAGCACCAAGAUUGGGGAGAAGUACUAGAAGCAUUCCUAAGGCAUCUCAGGGAGGAACAGGAGCCCCUUGUGUUGGAAUGUGUGAACCACCUCCUCCUUUUAUUGGAACAUAGGAACAGAUGUGCGGUAAUACGAUUGGUAGUGGUAACAUCAAAAAAGGGGCAAGGCUUACCUCUAUUAAACCUAAAUUCCACAAAAAUAUCCCGAUGAGUAAUCAUGAUCUGUUGCGAUGGUGUUAAUCUUUGAAUAUACAUAUAAAAGAUGUGCUGUCGAGAGAUCAGACAGUUCCUCAUGACCAUAGACAAGCAUUAUUUACCUCUAAUCUUGAACCUAGAUACAUGAGUAGAUCUCUUUGGGUUGCCACUUAUGUCAAGGAUGGUAUUAUCAAAUUUUUGGACAGUUUUGGAAUGCCUCCUUUUCAAGAGUUGGUAAAUCAUGCCAGAAGAGAGAAUCUUACAUUAUUACACCAAAACAACCAGGUACAAAAUGUUAACACAACAACAUGCGGUUAC